CAUCGGGAAUUUCCUUAUAUUUCUAGUUUCAUUGUAGAUUGCAGAUUAGAAUUUCUACUAGACGUUUUAGAAUUGUUUCAUAUAGUUUUUUAAUCUUUAUUGCCGAUAAAUUGUUUCAAUCUUCAAUCAUUUUUAACUCUAAUUCUCUAAGAGAAUAUGAAUGCAAGUUUCAGAUUUGUUUUCCAAAUUUUUAAAAGUAAAAAUCAUAUGAAAUUGCGAAAUUAUUCGUUGCUUUCGAAAAUACUUCUCAUACAGUAGGAUAUUGAUUGCUGGCCGUUCCAGCUGACAAGUAUUGGGAUUGGUAAAUUAAUAAAAUUUUGUAGAUUCAAAAUUUUUAAUAAUUGUAAAAGUGGUUGCCGACUGUGUGGCCGAAAGUCCUACGGAGUGAAAAGUAUAGGUCAAAUAUCGUGCCGCGUAUUUCAGGUGGAGCAUCAGGCAAACGGACGCGUGAAUAGAGUGAGAUUGCAAGGAUGGUAAAGUGAGACAAGUUACAUUGGUCGUCAGUGAGACUUGUUUUCGCUUGUACUAAUGUCGCGCUCUCUUGUUCACUUGCCAUUUCCUCUCUUUGUCUAAAAUUAUGGGGGCAGCAUUGCUUAUCUGUGAAGCAUCAACCAAUAAGAGAAAAGUAGUGUCCGUACCUGUACCUUAAAUUUCUGGAUUCCGAUAUCACUCAGUUCAGUUCAGUAUUUCGAGGCAGUAUUAUAGAAGCACUCAGGCACGGUUUAUGCAAUUGUUUGUUUUGCCUUGUUUGACAAUAAAGGAUAUAUAAAAAAUGCCUCGCAUUAUGAUAAAAGGUGGUGUUUGGCGGAACACUGAGGAUGAAAUCCUGAAAGCCGCUGUGAUGAAAUAUGGGAAAAAUCAAUGGAGUCGAAUAGCAUCCCUCUUACACAGAAAAUCUGCCAAACAAUGUAAAGCACGAUGGUUUGAAUGGUUGGAUCCAAGCAUCAAGAAAACUGAAUGGAGCAGAGAAGAAGACGAGAAAUUGUUGCAUCUUGCCAAAUUGAUGCCUACACAAUGGAGAACCAUUGCACCAAUUAUUGGACGUACUGCAGCUCAAUGUUUAGAACGUUAUGAAUACUUACUUGAUCAAGCUCAGAAGAAAGAAGAAGGAGAUGAUGCAGCAGACGAUCCUCGCAAACUCAAACCAGGAGAAAUUGAUCCAAAUCCGGAAACAAAACCUGCUAGACCUGAUCCAAAAGAUAUGGAUGAAGAUGAACUGGAGAUGUUGUCUGAGGCACGUGCUAGGCUUGCAAAUACUCAGGGCAAGAAAGCAAAACGUAAAGCUAGGGAAAAGCAAUUGGAAGAAGCCCGCAGACUGGCUGCUCUACAAAAACGUAGAGAAUUGAGAGCUGCUGGUAUUACUGUCUCACAAAAGAAUAAACGGAAACGAGGGGUUAAUUACAACUCUGAAAUUCCAUUUGAGAAACGACCUGCAACUGGAUUCUAUGAUACGUCGAACGAGUAUGUAGAUCCACUCGCUAUUGACUUCUCUAGGAUGAGACAACAACAUUUAGAUGGGGAAUUAAGGCAAGAGAAGGAAGAAAUGGAACGAAGAAAAGAUAAGCAGAAGCUUAAACAACGCAAGGAGAACGAUAUUCCAAUGGGAAUGCUCAAUAAUGAAGAGCCAAUAAAAAAAAGGAGUAAAUUAGUGUUACCAGAGCCACAGAUAUCUGACCAAGAAUUACAACAAGUUGUUAAACUUGGGAGAGCAUCUGAAGUUGCCCGUGAGGUUGCAACUGAAAGUGGAAUCACAUUAUCAGAUAGUUUGCUUGCCGAUUAUUCUCUACCAACAAAUGCAGCUAUAACUCCUCGCACUCCAGCUGCUACUGAUAGAAUUCUCCAAGAAGCCCAGAACGUUAUGGCCCUUACUCACGUGGAUACACCAUUAAAGGGUGGUUUAAAUACUCCAUUAAAUAAUUCAGACUUUACCGGUGUUGUUCCUACUGCAAACGCCAUAGCUACACCAAAUACAAUUUUGGCUACACCUUUUCGUUCGCAACGUAGCGAUGGAACUCCAGCAAAUUCUUUCAACACGCCGACAUCUGUACGAACGCAAAACGGAGUUUUGGCAACUACGCCUGUUCGCGACAAGCUAAGCAUUAAUCCAGAUGAGAACAUUGAUGGAUCAGAGACUCCUCUGGUUCAGAAGCAAGUUAAAGAACAAUUACGUGCUGGCCUCAGCACUCUUCCAGCCCCACGAAAUGAUUACGAAAUAGUAGUCCCUGAAGGGGAAAAUAAAGAUGAAAAUGCAUCCACACCUGCGACCGAAAUCGUCGAAGAUCAAGCUGAUAUAGACGCCAGACAACAGCAAGAAUUAAUGGAGCAGAGAAAGAGGGAAUUAUCGCGUAGAUCACAAGUUAUACAACGAGAUUUGCCACGGCCUGUUGAUGUGAACAUGAAUAUUCUGAGGCCGUUUAUGGACACUUCGUUAACAGACUUGCAAAGGGCUGAGGAAUUAAUUAAAAGAGAAAUGAUUACAAUGAUGCAAUAUGACUCACUGCAAAAUCCAUUGCAACAAAAUCGUAAGGGUGGCUCGAGUUCUGUAGCUCAAGCUUAUUUAGAACAGCAUCCCUACAUUAGCUUUGAUGAAGAUGAGCUUACUGCGGCUAAAAAACUCCUAAUCGAAGAAAUGUCCGUUGUGAAAGAUGGUAUGGCACAUGGAGAGCUUAGUUUAGAUUCUUACACAACAGUGUGGGAGGAGUGCUUGUCCCAGAUUUUGUAUUUGGAAACUCAGAAACGUUAUACACGAGCAACUCUAGCUUCGAAGAAGGAUCGAGUGGAAGCGUGUGAAAGAAAAUUGGAAGAAAAUCGAAUGCACAUGACUGGAGAAGCCAAACGAGCUGCUAGAAUGGAAAAGAAAUUAAAAGUUCUCACUGGGGGAUACCAGACUAGAGCACAAGUAUUAACGAAACAGUUACACGAUUUAUGGGAGCAAAUAGAGCAGGCACAUUUAGAACUUUCGACGUUCAAAUUUUUACAAACCCAAGAAGAGGCUGCGGUACCAAGACGAGUAAAUGCACUUAUGGAAGAUGUUAAUAGACAAACAGAGCGAGAACGCGUUUUGCAAGCACGAUACGCGCAAUUACAAGAUCAGUUGCAAUAAUAUUGAAUAUUAAGACCAUGAUUACUGUAAUACUGUAAACGUAUUAUGAAAUAUAAGAACUUACUUUGUAUACUUAAAGAAAUGAUGUUUAGGGUAAUUUCACGCCAAAUUGUUUGUUUUGCGAUGAAGUGAAUGAACUGAUGAUUCACACUCCUGUGUUCUGCAUUCGAUUCCACUUGAAUAAAAUGUCUGACAUCGAUGGCAGAAGGUGAUUAAUUUGGCGUAGAAUGGCUCCAUUUACCAGAAAGUCACAGGAAGCAUUCUCUUAGGUAGUAAUUUUACGAUAAACAAUUCCUUUUACAUUUCAAGACUGAAUAAAUUUAAUGUGAAUAUAAUUUAUUGUAUGUAAAAAGUUAGAAACAUAAUAUAGUUGUUAAGUGAAAAAGUAUAAAAAAUAAA